AUGAAAGCAAGCAAACCAGCUGCGGGAAUGUGUUCUCGGUGCGGUCGUGGUGCAAGAAUCGCUGACAUGAAGACUUCGACGAGAGGAAGCAUGGAGAAGGCUCCACAUCACCGGCACAACAGAUUCAAAUGGUCGACAAACGAGUUCCAAAACCGGCUCUCUUCUCUCCGUGGGACAAGAGGACAUGCAUAUGAGAGAGGGAUGUCCAUAUGGCUUGCCACAAGAUAG